AUGACUCGUUUCUAUCUUGCCAGCCUUGCUACCCUCCUUGCUGUCGCGACAGCCCAAAUCGUUACGCCAUGUACUUAUCAGGAGUAUGUGUGUGGCUCGACACUGAUCGCCGGUGGAUACACUGCUGCUGCCGAACUGAGAGCAGCAUAUGAUAUCAACCCCGAUGCUCCGACAAUUACAGAUGCCCAGCUGGCCCAGGUCCUCUACCGCUGCACCGAUCAAGCCGGUGGCAUUGUCGGCAACUCUUACUGCAUUGUCAACUGUGCUGUGAUUGGCGAUAAUACCGUCAACGAUAUGUGUACCAUGUAA